UGGUGAGCACAUAAUUUUGUUGAAAGGGCCAAAUGUUGUUAAACCGAGGAGGAUUGAAACAUGUGUAGCCGACUAGUCUCUCUCAUUGCAAAAUCUUGUUGAAGGGUCAUUAGUUUUCUUGGAAAUGAAACUGAAGACGCGUGUGAUUAAUAAUAACUGUAAUCCAGUGUGGAACGAACAACUCACACUUUCCAUCAAAGAUGUAAACGAUCCAAUCCGUUUGACGGUGUUUGAUAAAGACAGAUUCUCGGGAGAUGACAAAAUGGGUGAUGGAGAAAUAGACUUAAAGCCGUUCCUAGAAGCACAUCAGAUGGAGUUGGAUUUCCAGAAGCUUCCCAAUGGUUGUGCAAUAAAGAGGAUCCGUCCAGGCAGGACCAACUGUUUGGCUGAAGAGAGCAGCAUCACUUGGAGCAACGGGAAAAUCAAACAAGAGAUGAUUCUUAGACUAAAGAAUGUGGAAUGUGGAGAACUAGAGAUCAUGCUCGAGUGGACUGAUGGUCCAGGCUGCAAGGGUCUCGGGCGCGAAGGAUCGAAGAAGACACCAUGGAUGCCAACAAAACGAUUGGACUAAGAUUGCAGAAAUGUUAAAACAGAGACCCUGAAGAUGUGAUGGUACUUUUUUUUUUUUUUUUU